GCGGCGCUCGGCAGCGGGCGGGCGGCGCCGGCGGUGCCCCGGGCGCGCUCACACACGCGCUCACACACACACAUACACACGGCCUCGUACACACUCACACACGCUCCGGCGCGCACACGCGGCGCGCAGGCCGGAGGGAGGAGGCUCGGCGCGGCUCGGCGGCGGCGGCGGCGGCGGCGGCGUGCUCGGCCGGCGGGCGGGAGGGCUGGCGGGCGGCCCCCGCUCCCCGGCUCCGCGGCUCGGUGCAGCCCGCGCGGCCCCCGCCCUCGGACCCGCCCCCGGGGGUCGCCCGGCCCCAUGCCCUGCAGCGGCGGCGGAGCAGCGCGCGGCCGCGGGCGGCUCUGAGGAGCCCGGAGGGAGCCGGCGACGAGGGGACCAUGUACCGGGACCCGGAGGCGGCCAGCCCAGGGGCACCCACCCGCGAUGUCCUGCUGGUCUCUGCCAUCAUCACCGUCAGCCUUAGCGUCACUGUCGUCCUCUGCGGCCUCUGCCACUGGUGUCAGCGCAAACUGGGCAAACGCUACAAGAACUCCUUGGAGACCGUGGGCACGCCAGACUCAGGGCGUGGGCGCAGUGAGAAGAAGGCCAUCAACGAUCUAGACAGAGACUUUUGGAAUAACAAUGAGAGCACAGUGCAGCAGAAAUGGAGCUCCUAUCCUCCCAAGGAGUUUAUUCUAAACAUUUCACCCUACGCCCCUUAUGGCGACCCACGACUGUCCCUCAAUGGCACCCUCCUGUCGGGCGCCAAGGUGGCCGCCGCGGCGGGGCUGGCGGUGGAGCGGGAAGGCAGGCCGGGGGAGAAGCCAGCACCGGUGCCGCCACCCGGAGAGGACGCCUUGAGAAGCGGCGGGGCUGCCCCCAGCGAGCCGGGCAGCGGUGGCAAGGCGGGGAGAGGCCGCUGGCGGACGGUGCAGAGCCACCUGGCCGCAGGGAAGCUCAACUUGUCCAAUUUCGAGGACUCCACCCUGUCCACGGCCACUACCCUUGAGUCUAUCCCCAGCUCCACGGGAGAGCCGAAAUGCCAGCGACCCCGCACCCUGAUGCGGCAGCAGAGCCUGCAGCAGCCGCUGAGCCAGCACCAGCGGGGCCGGCAGCCCAGCCAGCCCACCACCAGCCAGAGCCUGGGCCAGCUGCAGGCCCACGCGGCCUCGGCGCCGGGCUCCAACCCCCGGGCCUAUGGCCGGGGCCAGGCUCGGCAGGGCACCUCCGCCGGCUCCAAGUACCGGGCGGCCGGCGGCCGCAGCCGCUCCAACCCGGGCAGCUGGGACCACGUGGUGGGGCAGAUUCGAAACCGAGGCUUGGACAUGAAAUCCUUCCUGGAAGGCAGGAUGGUGGUGCUAUCCUUGGUCUUAGGGCUUUCGGAACAGGAUGACUUUGCCAAUAUCCCUGACCUGCAAAACCCAGGAACCCAGCAGAACCAGAACGCUCAGGGGGACAAGAGGUUGCCCGCAGGAGGGAAGGCAGUGAACACAGCCCCGGUGCCGGGCCAGACACCCCAUGAUGAGUCUGACCGCCGGACUGAGCCGCGUUCCUCCGUCUCGGACCUCGUCAACUCCCUCACCAGUGAGAUGCUCAUGCUCUCCCCAGGCUCCGAAGAGGACGAGGCCCACGAGGGCUGCAGCCGGGAGAACCUGGGCCGGAUCCAGUUCAGUGUCGGCUACAACUUCCAGGAGUCCACGCUCACCGUGAAGAUCAUGAAGGCCCAGGAGCUGCCAGCCAAGGACUUCAGCGGCACCAGCGACCCCUUCGUCAAGAUCUACCUGCUGCCAGACAAGAAGCACAAGCUGGAGACCAAGGUGAAGCGGAAGAACCUGAACCCCCACUGGAACGAGACUUUCCUCUUCGAAGGUUUCCCGUACGAGAAGGUGGUGCAGAGGAUCCUCUACCUCCAGGUCCUGGACUAUGACCGGUUCAGCCGCAAUGACCCCAUUGGGGAGGUGUCCAUCCCUCUCAACAAGGUGGACCUGACCCAGAUGCAGACCUUCUGGAAGGAUCUGAAGCCAUGCAGCGAUGGGAGUGGGAGCCGAGGGGAGCUGCUCUUGUCUCUCUGCUACAACCCCUCUGCCAACUCUAUCAUCGUGAACAUCAUCAAAGCCCGGAACCUCAAAGCCAUGGACAUCGGGGGCACCUCAGACCCCUAUGUGAAGGUGUGGCUGAUGUACAAAGACAAGCGGGUGGAGAAGAAGAAGACAGUGACUAUGAAGAGGAACCUGAACCCCAUCUUCAACGAGUCUUUUGCCUUUGAUAUCCCCACGGAGAAGCUGAGGGAGACGACCAUCAUCAUCACUGUCAUGGACAAGGACAAGCUUAGCCGCAACGAUGUUAUUGGCAAGAUCUACCUGUCCUGGAAGAGCGGGCCCGGGGAGGUGAAGCACUGGAAGGACAUGAUCGCCCGUCCACGGCAGCCGGUGGCCCAGUGGCACCAGCUGAAGGCCUAAGUGUGGCCACAGGAGGCCCAGGGGGCCAAGGGCCCGGGUCCCCAUCAUGCCCUCACCACUUUAUGCACAAUGCCCGGCCUGGCCCCCGCCCUAGGUGAGGGGAGGACCCUGAGGGCUUGGCCAGGGAGGGGUCCCAGGAGUCCUUUGGGCCCCGUUUCUAGGAAGUACCAGCCUCAUCCUCCACCGGUCCAGCUCUGGGGGAGGGGCUUUGGGAGCCAUUUUCCUGCUUUGCCCCUUUCCUUCCUGACUUGCUGAUACUAAAGAAGUGGGGGAGAGCGUGAAGGCCAGACAGGCAGAUGGGCAGACCCCUCCAGAGACCCGCCAGGUGGGCACAGUCCCCCGUUUUCUUUAAGGCAGUGCCUGGAGUGGAGAAGAGGUGCCCUCUCCGCAGCUCCCGAUAUGGGCCCCGGGGAAGGAAGGCCGAGGCGUUUGGCCUGGCCUGGCCAGGAGAGGCCCAUCCCAGGGCAGUUUCAGGUGCCGGCUGGGCCCUGAAUGCCGAGGAUAGUAUAUAGCCUGCUCCGGGGUCCUGGAGCCGAAGCCUGUGUACUUGGCGUUGCGUCCACUUUGUGUGUGUGCGUGUCGGGGGGGUGGCACUCUUACCCUGUCCCCCUGGGGGCCACCCGUGCAGAGAGGGCAGGCUUUCAUAAAGUGGGGGCAGGAGGCCAAGAGAGGUCAAUGCACAGAGCCAGGGGUGGGCAAGGAGAGGCAGGUGAGGGGUGAGGGUGAGAGGUGGGGUGGUGGCAAAGGAGCAGACUCUGGAGCGGGACUGAGAACUUGGCUGCCUCCAUCUCCUGCCCGUCUCCGCUCAGAGCUCUCCGGGAGCUCCUUGCUGAGCGAUUUCAUCACUUGAACAUCAUUUCACACCUUUUAGGCCCCUACUGCGUGUACCACAUUCCACCAGGACUCCCCUCCCUUCCUUCUCAGGGGUCCCACGGCCCCACCAGCCCUCUUCCCCGACACCCUCCCCCAGACACCCUCAGCCGCCCCAAAUCUCAGAUCCCAGCCAAGCCGGCCGUGUUGCCCAUGCUUCCCAGGUUCCUUCCCUGUCUGGGCAGACCUCUGCAGCCCUCCAUCUCCCGAACUCGCAGACCUUCCCUUCCAUUCGGGUCGGAGUCUGUGGUCCAGCCUUCUUUGCCCAUCGCUCCCAGUCCCUCCGAGCAGCUCCUUCCGCCCUCUCAGUUCAGGCAGAAGAAAAUCCAGACUCUGCAAGUUCUGAGGGUGCCUCACCCAAAGAAGCAGGGAUUUCUCUGCCUCAGCCGUUGCAGAGACUAGAACUGGCCUCCCCUUGGAGACAGCAGAUGCCGGGAUGAUGUCUGCUUAACCCUGCUCAGCCGCGGGAGGGUCCUGGUAUUGAUAAAAGACAGCUGGGGACAGUCAAAUCCGGGCGGGGGGGUCUGCCUGCCUGGGCCUGACGUUGCCGGCACAGGCCGCCAGGUGGCGCCCGGACACCACGUCUGUGGUGGCAGCCUGGGACCACAGUUCUACCCCGAGAUGGGCCUGACCCCAAGGGGAGACUCUGGAUAAGGUCCCCACUUACAGAGCACGGCAAAAGCAUGGGAAUUUGAGAGCCAUUUUCCUUCAGUAGGCUGCCCCUUGAGCUGCCCGUAUCAAAAUGUAUUACACUGAAUCUCACACCCGCGUCCUCAUCCCCUCCUCCUAGGGUCUGGAGGAGCGUCAUACAGUGUCAGUGAAUCAUUUUGUAGAUUGAGGAGUGCUCUUGUAAAGCAAAUAGUCACCCAUAUUUCUUGUAAAUCCCAAUUUUUCUGUAUUGUAGCUUUGCUUAAAAUGGGGCCCUGCCCCAACUGCAGGGUCUUUAUCGGGCGGCGUGGGGACCAGCCCCCCGCGGGACAGGAGGGCAGCAACUCCGAAGGCUGUGUGGACGUGAUCGGAGGGUUUUGUGGGAAGCCUCGCAAGGCGAGGGAUCUGUCCUCCAUGGCUCCCUGAGAUCCUGUGCCCCAACACUACGGGGUGCCAACCCGGCCCCUGUGUCCCCUGGCCGGCUGCAGAGCCUGGGGGCGGGGGGAGAUUGAACCAACCUGCAGUGAGUGGGCGGAGCAACUGCAUCUUUUUUUUUUCUCGAGCCCCGCCCACAGAGCUCUCGGCGAAUCCCAUGCAGAGAGCAUCUUCGGGCGGAGUCUGUUCCCAGUCUGACCCACCCAGGCAUACUGGUGAACCCUGCCUGGGUUUUCCCAACCCCCAAUACGCUGCGGCCGGGAGGCCGGGGAGGGGCGGCAAGUGGUGGGCCAAGGUCCUGUGGGGCUGGCAAAGAAGGAGGCGGGUUACGGUAUGCGGUGAGGGCGCAGUUGGGCUAGGGCUAGAGGAGAACAGGGAAUGGGGAACUUGAGGAUGGGGGAAGGGCACGGAAGCCCUGCCACCGUCCCAGGACCUUGGGCAGAUCACCCACACUCCCGGGGCCUCAGUUUCCCCAUCUGUAAAAUGAUGGUAAUAAUACUUCACCUACCUCAUAGGGGAGGUUGUGAGGCCGCCGUCACCUGACCUGGGGGUUGAGGCAGGAGGACUCUGAAGGUGCUACCCGGGAGCAAAGUAUUAUUACUGUAGCCUGAAAGCAAGGCCCACCUGCCCCUCCCCCUGCAGAGUCUCCAGGGAUAGCCGAGGCUGACCUGGGCCCAUCUAUCUCUUCUCCACUGUGUCCCAGGUCCCUUCAUGAGCAUCACCUGCCGUCUUUGUGAGCGCCCUAGACUUAGUUGUUAUCUCGUUCAGGUGUCCUUUCUUGUGACCAUCUCCCUUCGUAACUGCUGUACAAAUUCCACCUGCCACAGGACCCCGCACCUGCCCACUGGCGCCAGACGCCAGGGACGGGGCAAGGAAAACAGCCACAAAAAAAGCCAAGGGGGCCCCAGAGUCCCCAGCCCGGCUUGGGCCCCAGGGGUGGGGUUGGUGGCCACUGUUUGUAUUGUGUUGGAGUCCUUGAGUGCAAGUGUUUUAUUUAAAAAAAGACAGACAGACAGACAGAAACUAUCACAAGAAAAAAAAAAUGCAGCAAAGAGAAAUGAAGAAAAACUGAAGAAGGAAAAAAAAAAAAAAGGAAAAAAGAACCAUACAAAAUUUUUCCACCACGCCCACCCUCUAAGCCAGCAAGAUUUCCUCUUUGCAAAAUCAUAUUUUUGUGGGAAUGGGCCCUGCUUUUUGUGGCAGGGCCCGUUCUGAUCAAUAAAGGAUCGUGACGAAGUAGGGCCUCGGCUGUUUCCUCCGUGGGUCCCAGCCCUACCUCACCUCCCAGAGAAGAGGUAUUGGGUGAGGGGGUUGGGAAGCUUGGGACCGAGUCUCCCUGGGUCCCCUUUGGGAUUUGGCUUCACUGGUGAUGAGGCCCUCCCUGACCUUCCAGCCCUUCCUCAGAUCUAGAAUAUGAACCCACCAGCUACCCAGAAAGCAGGAGAGCAGCCAUACUUCCCGAUCAGACCUGAAGCCAGGCUUGUCGGGAGUGGAGUCUCUUUGAGACUUGAGACCCUCUCACUCACCCAGCCCAGCAUCACCUCCUUCAGCUCCCAGGGGACUGUCACCACCCUCCAAGGCAGGUCAGACAAUCCAAACCGGGACCCUCCACCUUGCCUACCUCUCCCCCCAAAUGCUGACUGGCCUAUCGUGGUUUUGGGGACCAGGAAGGAGUUCCAGGUCUGUUGGCUGGAUCUUUGGCUUCUCUCUACCCUUUUCUGAUUUAAUCCUUUAGGAUUAGAAGAGUCCAAAUUGAAAGAGCCCAUGGCCAGUUCCAGUCCGAGGAAACUGGGCCCCAGUGUCUUCCUUUUCCAGCCACUGUGGUUCCCGGGCAAGUUACUUCCUUCCCCAGGACCAGUGUCCUUAGUUCACAAGAAAGCAAUAACCAUCCCAGCCCAUUUCUUUCCCUCCCCGCACCUAGCCUGGGGGAAGCCGAGGCCUGGCAGCUCUCAGGAUACUUUAGAAGGAAGGUGCUACAUCUGUCGCAGACCCAGAAGGAGCAAGUGCACGUCUAUCCCCAUGAGCCAGCGGCUGGCCCUGCCCCCUCCAGAGUGAAGGGUGCCACCGCAUCCCUGCUCCCCAGCACCUGGGGUGGGCGACCGCUUCCCUGCAACGCACCAAGAACCCCCACCUAAAGCCACCUGUCCUGUCCCCUUCCACCCCAUCAAUUUCUUCCAACCUGGCUUCGGUGUCCCGUUAAAAGGUGGUUUUCUUCUUUUGGCUUCUGAUCUCUAUCCCAGAGAUUAGAGGGAGCCCUCAGGUCAGGUAAGUAGCCUGAAGAGCACGCCUUGCCAGAACUUCUGUUCAGAAUCUCUCUGGAAAGCUGGGCCCGAGGGAAGACCCCCUCAGGGGCUCAGGGGCUCCCCCUGGACCUUUUGCCUGGUUCGCCCGCCUUCACCUUAGCUCUCCCAGCAUCCAUGCCUUCACCAAGAGAUUUGCCCAUCUCUCCCUGUGCCCGGGACCCCCGUCCUCUGGUGUGCUCUUCCCCCACGCAAACCCCUCCCGGAUGCUGCUGUUUUCCCGAAGGCCAUCCUGGGCCACGUCCUGCUCUCCUCUCCCUCCCCCACAAAGACAGCGGAAGGACACGCUUGAUCUUGCUGUACGCCCCAGCCCGUGGCUCCCCUGACCAUCUGUGUCCCUUGAAGAUGCCCCACUCCCUGUGUCUGCGUCCUGCGCGUGUGCGUGUGUGUGCCUUGUGUCUUUAGAUUGUGAGCCCCCCUGGGCAGCGACCCCUGUCUGAUACAUGUUCUGUGUGGCACGCCUAGGUGUGCUAAUAAAUGUCCAUCCUCAGAA